AUGGUAUCAGAAAAUGCUGAAGAAACCGAAGAACAUAGCAAGACAGAUCGCAAAGCGAAUACCUCAAAGACCAAAGCAUUUGCGCAGUUUAAUAACGUUGUCGACUCAUCUUGUACAAAGUUACACGAACUCUUCAGUUGCCAAAAGGUUGCUCAUUCAGUGAUAUUCUAUGUGGCAAUUUUCCUUCUUCUGCUUGUUCUGGUAUACAUUUUUCGAAAGCUCGUCUCGCUGCCUAAUGGCAAUGGCAGAUACCACGGUCGAAAGCAUAACACGAGCACAACCUCGACUGGAUCUCGCAAUCCUAACGACGACUCGUUGUCAAAGGGAUUUCCAACCAAAUGGCCGAAAAUUAACCCAAUCUUGAAGGAGUUUCCAACUAACGUUCCAGUAUCAAGUGACUUAACAUCAGAAAGAGAAACAAAGACUCACAUUUACGGUGCACCUGGAAGCAGCUGGCAAAGGCAGGAACAUUUAAGCAAUAGUUCUACAUAUAAGCCCAAAACCCCAACAAUAAAUUCCUAUUCCUCUUCUAUUAACAACAAUUUUCCAAAGGUAAACCAAGAGAGCGUUACAAAACAAAUAUCUACCAAUUUACAUACAGGUAACUGGCAUACUUCCGACUACGUUGGUAGUAACGAAUAUGGGAAGACACCUUCUGAGUCUUCAGGUUCAUCGAGUAAUGGUUAUACUAAUGUACAAUACGACUGGUCUACACGUGGAAAUAGCGGUUUCAAGCCGCCCGAUUCUAGCUGGGAGAACCCGUGGAACAGUGUACCUUGGGAUUCGAACUCGAACCUACGAUCAUGGCCCUAUUCCAGUAGCAGUGGUUCUGGUUUAACAAAAGUUAAUCAGAAAUCACAGCAAGGUGAAAGAUCAACACAUCAGAGUCUUCCUAGUCCAAUAUCAAAUGUAAAUAAUUAUGUUACAUGGGGUUCAUGGGCAAAAUGGAGCCAACCAGGAAGUGGAUUUGGUUGGAUCAAAGGAAGAGAUAACGAAAAAGAGAAUUCCUAUAAAUCAAGAACGACGCCUAAUUGGAAUAACUAUUAUUACGACAGUGCAUCGGGAAAAUGGAGUUUCAGUAACAAAGAUGCAUACGCUUAUAAAAACGACCGGUCUGAUGAGAACUUUGGAGCAUCCAACUCAUAUCGCGCUGAUAGUAGUGAUAUAUCAAGUCCAUAUAGUUGGAACCCUUAUGCCGGUUAUUGGAAUCAAACACAAGGUUGGGGUAAUUUUGACGCUACAAGCAGCAAUGCUGCACUUGGAAUAAACAGCAACGUAAGAGGGCAACAAAACUUGUGGAAUCAUCAAACAACAUUUACAAACAAUGGGAUUAAACCUUCUCAGGAAACGAGCAGUUCAACAAUGCAGGAUGACAAUCCUUACAAUCAGAUCCAUAGAUGGCCCUUGGAAGAUAGUCAUGAGGACGAAGUACCAAAAGUACUUUCAAGCGCGUUCACUUCUGGUGAAAGAAAGAACUCGCGAAAAAGAAACAGAAAAGUAACAAGUCGUUCGAAGAUCAGGACUUCUCAGCGUAAACAGAAAAAGAAAGCAAACAAGAAGAAAAAGAAAGGGCUGAAAGAAUACGAAUUAAGCGAUCAUGUGAAGAAGUCAGUUAUAACUCAUCCUAAGAAUAUCAAAUCUAUGAAAAAAGGGAGAAGAAAAAAUCGGAAGGUGAAAAUACCAAAAAGGAUUCCAAGUAAACACAUACCUCGAAAGGUAAGUCGUAAAAAGAAACGACUUUCAAGAAAGAGACAUUCAAAAUUCUCACACCACAACUCCUUUGCGAUAACGCACAAAAACAGAAAGAUAGAUAACAAACAAAAACAUUUAGUGGGGAAAUGGCAACGUAAAGUACAUCACGUAAAACAUUGUAAGAACUUACAAUCAUUUGAGUCUAACGGUAACGUCCAUUUGGACAAGAAAUAUUUACACAAGCAAAGAAAGUACAAGUAUACAGUACUUUCGUGUAGAUAUAUUCGGAUCGAACACAGCCGUAAAAAACAUAGGCGUCAUCUUGAUGAUAACGAUGGAGAUGAUUUCGAUGAAGAUAAUGAUGAUGGUGAUGAAGACGAAGUGCCUUUAAAGCAGAAACAAAUUUGCCGGAAAUUUUGGUUCAUAACCAACGGUAAAAUACUACUUCAGAAAUUAGCUAGGAAACACGGCCUAAUUUCUUACACAGUUUCGUUAUGUAGAGCAAGGGAUGAACAUCAAAUUAGGAAACACGAUAAAAUUAGAACAGUUAGUCAUCAUCACAGAACCACACUAUCUCCACUUGACGAUGACGAUGAUCUAACUCUAAACAACAUUGAUAACAGUAGGAUAGAUAACGAAAGGGGCAACAAAGAUUUCGACGACGACAAUGUGGUAACGGAUCGGGAAGAUAAUAUUGAUAAGGAUAGAAUAGCAAAACUAACUAAACACUGGACGCACAGCAAGACUAAAGGUCCUAAAGGCAAUCAAACGGAUAACAUUUACACAGACGACGAUGGUAGCGACAAUGACUUUGAGACUAAAAAACCCAAAAGGAAAAGUACUGAAAAAAGUGACCAUGACAACGAUGACAACGACAAUGAAAACUUUGACGGAGAUACUGACGAUGACAUAGAUAUUGAUACAGGCAGUAAACAUAGAAGCACGGCAAAACACAUAAUGGAGAACGAUGAGAACAUGGGUGAAAUUGACCACAGAAACGACAAUGAUAAUGACAAUGAUUUUUACGCUGAGUCUAGUGCUGAAAAACUUCAUUCACAUAUAGAAACAGAAAACAAUAGACACAAUAAUAGACACACGAAAACAAGAACAUCAAACAAACCAAAACAGGACGAUAACGAGAACGAUCUAAAUGGAGAAGACAUUGACGAUAUUGAUGACAACAACGAUAACAUUAACUCUGGUUAUCCAGAGGAUAGCAGAGCACGACAAAGAACAAAUGGAGACGUAACUGACGAUAAUGACGACGGAUUAGACAGCGAUAGGCUUCAUGACGAUUUGGAUGAUGAUAUCGAUGACGAUAUCAUGGACAAAGAUCAUAAAACUACAUUACGCCCUAAACAAACGAUUUCUUCUCGGUUACAUAAAGCAAGAAAAGCCAGGAACAGACAUAAAUCAUUAAGAUAUGAAUCAGUUGGCAAUAAGCACGAAAGUUACAAAAAUAAGUAUAAUCCUUAUGAACGCUUACUGCAUGAGUUGACAAAGGAUAAAGAUACAAAUGAGAGUAGAAAUGUCCCUAAAAGUUUGCUGGCGGCCAUUUUGAAAAAGAAACUCGAUUCCGUCGGUGCUCGCAAGCACAUCAUAUCUAAAAUCUCACAAACAAAAUCCACAAACAUAAAAAAGAGCAAACGUAAACACCUGUUAAAAUCUCAUAAUGUGCAAAACGAUAGAAACGUAAAAGUUCUAUUGGAAAAUAUGCUUACUAAUUCAGUUGGUGUUAACAGUCUUUCACAGAUAAUCAAGCCCCCUAAGAGAAGACUAUCAGUUACCCCUAAACCACACACGAAGCCAUCCAUGAAAGAUCUUUUAAAAGAAUUUCUUCCUGGCGUUCUAACAUCACCAAUUUUGGGUAAACCAACAUCUUCUCCCACACAAAAACCAACAGUGACACCAACUACACCUGACGAACAAAUGAAGAUCCAGUUUGCCAAGCUAUUGAAGAAAUUUGGCAGGCAAAACAAUGCACCAAUAAAGUCAUUAACCGUAGGGGGUUCCAGUACGACGCGUAUGGAAAAUUUUCUAAAAGAUACCAAUAAUCAAAUGCUAAUGCACAACCCAACAUCUACAGUUUCGUCGAGUUCUGAUGUGACAGCAAAUAAAUCAUCAUCACCACCACCACUAUCGAAACUACCAUCACCACCAGCACAACCACCACUACCACCACCACCACAACAACAACAACAACAACAACAACAACAACAACAACAACAACAACAACAACAACAACAACAACAACAACAACAACAACAACAACAACAACAACAACAACAACAACAACAACAACAACAACAACAACAACAACAACAACAACAACCAUCACAACAACAACCAUCACAACAACAACCAUCACAACAACAACAACAACAACCAUCACAACAACAAUCACAACAACGACAACAAAAGCAACCAUCACAAUCUUCACUACCACCACAACAGAAAGUUUCAACCUCGUCAACUAACCUUCGUUAUUUAAACCCCGAAACGGAUCAGGAACAAGCAACUAUUCAAAGGUCUUUUAUUCCCACUCUCAAACCUCAACAAGCUGCCCAAAUUUCCCAAGCUGCAUCAUUUCCACAAUCUCAGCAACAGGUUAAAAAGCCCCAUGGUUAUUCUGCAUAUUCAUCAAAUAACAACAAUCCAUACAGUUCCUAUCAGACACAAAGAACUGCAAACGUACUAUGUUUCGGAGAUAGUUUGACAAGUGGGUACUACAAUCAUGGUCGGGGGAAACAUCCUUACAGUAUAAAAUUAAACCAAUUACUUAAUCCUCAGGGAAGCCAUCGCUACCAUAUUGAAACGCGAGGCGUGGUAGGUGAAAUGGUUCAUGGAAGCAUGACUAAACGAUUACCGAAAGUUUUAAACGAAGGUAAGCAUUUCGAUUGGGUACUCAUUCUUGGAGGAACCAAUGAUGUAGCUCAUGUCAAAAAUUUUGGAGAUGAUCAGGAUUUCACCAGACAAUUGAUAGGUGUCUGGAGUCCCAAGAUUGUUAAAGAUAUUGAAAAGCUUCACGAGAUAGCACGGAACUACGGAGCUAGAACGGUGCUGAUGACAAUACCCGAGACUGCGUAUGAACUGUGGCCAGAUUUUAGGUCUAUACGUAAUAUGAGGCUCAGUGUAAAUGCAGCCUUGAGAAAAUAUGCAACUGAAGUCAGAGAUACUACGGUACUUUGUGAUCUCGCAUAUAAACUACCAAGGAGCACGCUCUCCCAGGAAAUGCGAAAACUUUACUGGAAUGAUCACAUUCACAUGAAUCCAGUAGGAUACAACAAGAUGGCUGAAGUAAUCCAACAGUGCAUCCAACCGUAUCUUAAUUAG